AUGAGCGUCCGAUUUUGCGGAUUUGGAAACCCGAAUAUGAUCGUAAGCAAAGAAGGUGCUCGAAUUCGUAAUGUUCACGCCAUGUAUAUUGAGUGGUCUUUGAGCCUGGGCUUUUUCACAGCCCGACCUAUUGAAGCCCACGCCACGGGGGAGGCAUUAGCAGAAGCUUUAGAGAGUGGACUUGUGAAGAGGGAAGAACUUUUCAUUACCUCAAAGGAUGAGGAUGGGAUGUUAGACAUUGACACAACCAUGUCUUUAGAAACCACUUGGCAUGCCAUGGAUGAUCUAGCUUCUACUGGUUUAGUUCGUAGCAUCGGUAUAUAUCAGGAACUCGCGAAGAAAUAUGAGAGGAGUCCAGCUCAAAUUUCCCUAAGGUGGAGAAUUCAAAAGGACACUGUCGAUAUACCAAAGACUUCGAAAUUGAAGAGAUUGGAAGAGAAUUUGCAAGUUUUUGAUUUUGAGCUUGAAGAGGAAGAUAUGGAUCUCAUACAAAAUAUUGACAAGAAAUAUAGAACCAAUCUCGUAUCAACGUUGGCUUGGGACAUAAAUAUAUAUGCUUAA